AUGCAGUCCAUCCUCCAAAAAGCAACAGGCAUCGGCCCUCAAGUCAUCAAGCCAGAAAAUCUCCAAGGCCGCGUCGCCAUCGUCACCGGCGGCGCCCUCGGAAUUGGCUAUGAAGUCAGCCGCGCCCUCGCCCACGCCGGCUGUAGAGUCAUCAUGGUGAACCGCAAAGAAGAGCAGGGCACCAGUGCCAUCGAAGCCGUCAAGAACGAGAAGCAAGACGCUGACAUUGACUGGAAAGAAUGUGAUCUUGGAAACCUCUCACAGGUUCGGGAGGUCUUUGGUGGGUUCCGUGAAUCUCUCGAUCGUCUUGACUUUUUGGUCCUGUCAGCUGGUAUCAACACUAACCAGUUCGGUUUGGACUCUGAUGGCAUUGACCGUCAUUUCGGUGUAAACUUCCUUGGGCAUUUCUAUGUGUGCAACCAGCUGUGGCCUCUGCUGCGAAAGACGAGCAAACUUGAGAACACACCUCCCCCGCGAGUUGUCUUCGAGGCCAGUGAGAUGCAUCGUCUAGCGCAGCUGUCCAACGUGCAGUUCAGAACAAAGGAGGAGAUAAAUGACCCAGAUCUAGACCCUACUGCUCGAUACAACCGAACUAAACUUGCCAUGAUUCUAUUCGCCAAAUAUGGCCUGGCAGGAAAGGUCAUUGCGGAUAACAAGGAUAAGAUCUAUGCUCUCUCCGUGCAUCCUGGCGCAGUCAACACAGCAAUGCAACAGCAGUGGAAGGACGCAUACCCCGGACUGACAGGCAAGCUUCUAUCAUGGGCUAUGCUAGCCAUCGGACGAGAUGUGGAGCAAGGGUCCUACAGUGCACUAUGGGCUUUGACGUCGUCUAGAAUUGAGGAGGAAGAUCUUAAUGGCUACUACUUUGUAGACCCUGAUCAAGAGGGCCAGGAGUCUGCUCAGGCGUCGAACCCCGAGCUUGCCUCCAACUUGUGGGACUUGAGCACAAGUCUCAUUAAGGAGAAGCUUGGAGAUGAUGCGCUGGUUGAUUGGAAUGAGUCUUAG